AUGAGUUUUUACUCAGAUAAUAUAGUGUUAGAGCUUGAGAAUAUGUUAGAGCUAGAUGAUAUGUUAGAGCCAGAUGAUAUAUUAGAAUCUAAUAUAUUAGAAUCUGAUAAUAUAUUAGAGUCUAAUUAUGUAUUAGAGCCUAAUUAUAUUAAUUUAGAUAGGUCAGAAUCUAAGAAUAUAGAUAGUAAUGAAGAGAAUAAAAAUUCAUUUCAGUUCUUUACAGCUAACUAUUAA